AUGGCGCCCCCCACGAUCCUCGCCCACAAAUCCUCCUUCCUUACCGCGCAAACCCUCCACUUAUCCCAAUCCCUCGCACCAAGUAACACAUGGCGCACAUCUAAUCAGCGCGUUCCCGAAAACGGCGGCAGCCUAAGCGAUCGCGUCGUCGACGAGGUGCUGUAUCGCACGAAUCAUAUCUUACAACAACACGCCCGCCGCGUGUAUGCGCCCCAGGCUAGCCGGCAUGUCGCGGAGCAGAUCGAGACGUUGUACUUGGAGGCUGCGGAGAGAGCUGUGCGCGGGGAAGGCGGGAGAGGGGAGGAUGAUGAGGAUGGGGAAGAUGUAGGAACGGGGUCAGGUGGUAGAGGGCCCAAGUUUUUGAUGGUGGGUGCGGACUUUGCAUCUGACGAGGUCAUUGCUUCCCUCCCUAACACGUGGGACCAACACUCGACCUCGCAAUCCGAAGCCCACCCCGCCGAAGCCCUACGCUACGCCGACCUCGCAACCUCGCUAUCAAUCCUCUCCUCGCGGCGACAAGAAACCCGCGCGCGCCUCGAUCGUCUCCGUCGAAUGCGCAACUUACUAGCCCCCUUUUCUUCCACCACAAAUACUACUACAUCUUCCUCCUCUUCCGGUCUAGAGUCCUCCAACCCGCAAAGUAGUGGUGGUGGUGAUAGUGCAAACGAAUCCGGCAUCGAGAAAGUGCAACCGAACCUCGUCACGCGCGACGGCGAAAUGGAAAAGGAACUCGAGCGCAUGCGCGUGCUGCUCGUGCGUGUCGCCGCCCGCGUCGCCCAGUUACCGGACCCGGAGCCCGGCGAGGACGUCGCGAUGGAGGAUCUGGAGGCCAUAGAAAGAGGCAAGGUUGAGAGGUUGCUUGACGGGCUCUGA